AUGGAUAGCUGUACCAAGAUCGGUUUGAUCAAGGCUAUGGGUAUUCUGUUCCAGGACGUGUCCAGAGAUCUCCAGAUGACUGCUACAGAUCUAGGCAUUGCCCUAGGACUCUUUAUCUCCAUUGGCAACGUAGCAACUUUGCACCCUUUGCUUGCAUCGGUCACAGGUCUGGGGAACGCUAUAGUUCGAAUGCCUUGCUUGCUGUUACUAAGUGAACUUGCAAAUGAUAACUUCAACCUCCUUUUCAGUCUGUCUUCAUGCGGAUACUCUUUAGGAAUGGUCAUCUACCCCAUUUUUGCAGAAGAGCUUUUAAUAGCUUACGGAUGGAGGGGAGUUCUUCUGAUCCUUGCUGGUGUGAUGUUUCAUGAGGUCCCUUGUCUGAUGGCUUUCAAGAUGCCCUUGGAGGAAAUUCCCCCUGACGAUGCGAUACAAGACGUCACUUCCGGUCAUCAUGCUUCACUAAAUGAACUUCAAAAGGAGGAGAUGCAUCCGACAUGUCAUCAGAAUAGAUGCGAGGAAGCCGAGCAGACAAGUGAAGGCAGUUUUGCCAGUGAUAGAGAUCCAUUCUUAACUUCUUUGAAGGCAGAUGGGUAUAAACACGAACAUGAUAGUAUUUUAGACAAAAAGCUCAGGAGUCAUGGACGCAAUCCUAGUAGUCGUUCUAGCUGGACAGCAGGCGUUGGAACUAUCAAGAAAUGGUACCGCGACACGCUCAUUUAUGCAGACCCCCUUUCUCUGUUUAUCUUUCUGUCAUUUGCUGCAGUACAGUAUGUCACCUGUGGGUGGGUCUCUUUUCUGGUUCCACAAGCUCUCCAGCGAGGGCUCUCCAUCCAAAACAUCAGUCUCUUGACAUCCUGUGCUGCCUUUGGAGGUGUCUUUGCGAGACUCGCUGUGGCUUUUCUCACCCAUAAGUUGGUACGUCCCAUUGACAUGUUUUUAUUCAUGACCAUCCUGAAUGCCCUUGCUCUGGCGACUGAUGCAUGCAUUUCGAACCUGUUUGCCAUGUCGUUCGCAGCAUUUUGUACAGGGUUGUCUACUUCAGCUAGAAGUAACCUGGGGCAUCUGGUAAUACGAGAUAGGGUUUCUGCAGAUCAUUUGGCGAUGUCCAUGGCCUUCCUGGAAGUAUUUGGUGGCAUAGCGGUGUUCUUGGGAGGAUACACAACAGGGGAGUUAGCAGAAGUAUUUUCAUCUUAUGAUGCCUCGUUCAAGGUCCUUGCAUUGGGUGAAGUUUUAACGUUCCCCCUCUUGUUACCAGUAAAGAUGGUAAAAAGGCAAGAUCAAUCGCAUUCGUCGACUAAUCAGGAUAUGGAUAUUCAAGAUGUUCAAGGAGAAUGA